AUGAAAAAAGGAGAUACUGUAAAAGAAUAUGCUGCCAAACUUCUAGAAAUUGUAAACAAGAUAAGAUUAUUUGGUGAAACUUUUUUAGAUUCAAAGGUGGCGGAGAAGAUGAUGAUAAGCUUACCAGCAAGGUUCGAGUCCAAGAUUUCAGCAAUAGAGGAACCUUGUGAUUUGAAGACUUUAUCCAUCUCAGAGCUGAUUAGCAAGUUGCAAGCCCCAGAACAAAUAACAAGUAUAAGAGAUGAAGAAGUAGAAAAAGUGGCAUUUCAAACAAAUCACAAAGGCAAGCAACCUAUGAAGGACAAUAGGAGGAUGGAAGGAGAUAAAAUAGCAAAGAGAAAGCCAUGGAUUGAAUCUUCACAGAAAGAAAAGUUUCCACCUUGCAUCCACUACAGUGGAUGCACGAGUCACAUGUCAUAUAAUGAGCUCAUGUUUCACACACUUGACAAGUCACUUAAAGCUAAAGUUGGGAUGGGAAAUGGUGCAAAAUUAGAAGCACAUGGAAAGGGUUCAGUUUUCUUUCAAACUAAUCAAGAUACUUUGAUUGACAAAGUAGAAAUGGUGGAUAGGAUCUUUCCAGUUGAUGAAAAGUUUGAUAAUGUCAAUUUUGUAAGAUUGGACGAUUCAUGGUUAUGGCACAGAAGAUAUGGGCAUUUUAACUAUGCCACUUUAAGGUCUAUGUAUGAGAAAGGCUUGACUAAGGAUUUACCUAAGAUCUCACUAUCUAAAGAAGUUUGUGGGUCAUGUAAGAUGGGUAAGGCUCACAGGAAAGCAUUUCCUAAAAGUGCUACAUGA